GCUUCUCCGUGCUCUUAGCCAGGUGGAGACCUUCUUCGUCGUUUAGUCUCGCUCCGGUUGACCUCGGCCCACAAGGUGGUAGAACAAGACCCUUCUGUCCCCGCCGCUUGCAGGGCUCGGGUUGUUGUACACAAGGGAACAGACUGAGUUUGUGAUUCCUGGCGUCCAGAAAAAUGAUAAAAUAUGGCUAAAAGCUUACGGAGUAAGUGGAAAAGGAAGAUGCGUGCUGAAAAGAGAAAAAAGAAUGCUCCAAAGGAGCUUAGCAGGCUUAAAAGUAUUCUUAAAGUAGAUACUGAUGUUCUAAUGAAAGACGUUCAAGAGAUAGCAACUGUGGUGGUCCCCAAACCUUCUGAAGAGAAAACCCAGGGUAUGGCAAAAGGUGAAACAGAUGACAUGAAAAUGGAGACUGAUAUUAAGAGAAACAAAAAGAGUCUUCUAGAUCAGCAUGGACAGUACCCCAUAUGGAUGAACAAGAGGCAAAGAAAAAGGCUGAAGGCAAAGAGAGAGAAAAAAAAGGGGAAAAGCAGAGCAAAAGCGGUGAAGGCAGCUAAGGGUUUGGCCUGGUAGGCUUAAAAACCUGAAAAAUGCCACAUGGAACAGAUCUUUGAUUAGAAUGUAUAUACUGAUUUCAGCUUCCACCGAAUGAAAACUUUGUUUCCAUAUUUUAACUGGGCCUUUUUCUUCAAUUCAGCCCAACACAACUCCUCAAAUUUGUUUUGGAAACUUGAAUAAGAUACUUUCUUUGGUGAAUGAAAGCUAUAAUGAUAUUUUAAUUGGAUGCUUCAGGGAUUAUCAGACAUCAAAAUUCUAGCAAGUAUUAAUGUGGUUGUGGUUUUAGGUUUUAAUAAAGAUAAAGGAUAUACUAACUCAGAUGUAAAAACUAUAUAACGAUAUUUAAAAAUAUAACGGCAGUGGAUCUUAUAAGCAGUAGUUGUUUGGAGUUUUGAUUUUGUAUAAGUCAUAAUAAAAGGUAUUUUGUUUCGAUCUUGAAUUUUCUUUCAUCUAUCCUUAAGGUAUUCUAGUAGUUUGAGAAGACCGGAUUCUUCUUUUAUAUUUUUAGAUAGAAUAUUAACGCGUACAAAUUAAUAUGAUUUAUCUUUUAAGGAGAUUAGAACAUCCUGGGAACUAGUUCAGUGUUUAUCAGUUUUCAUAUGUAGCUUAUGUAUGCAACAUUUCCCAAAGCAUAUUUCACAUAAUUAGUUUUUCCAGGUGUGUGGUGAAAAAAUACAUUUCAUGGUCACAUCAGUUUGGGAAAUGCUACAUACUUGAUGUACAAAAAGUAUUUGCUUAGUAUAGAGAUCUAGCAAUAAAGAAACUUGUUUAACUUAGACUCUUUGAAACUGUAUUCAUAGGAAUAGAAUAUACUGUUGGAAAUGUUGGUAUAAUGAAAUGAUUUUUUAAAAAUC